UCCUCCCCCACUUUUCCAUGUCUUCUUUUCUUACUUUUUUCUGUGUUUUUCAGCUCUAUUUUAGUUCAUGCCUCCCGAUUUGUUUUACAAUUCCACUUUUCUGCUUCUUUCACUGUCGGGAGAGAAUUCAGUGGAAAAAGGGUGUUCGGAUUUUUCAAUUGAUUCCAGUUUUCUGCUUCUUUGGCAGUCUCUUGGUUCUUUGUGGGAUUGUUUAAGUUCUUGGAUGAUGAUCCAUAUUGGAACUUUUGUUUUCGUUUUAUGAUCUUUUGUUACUUCAAUUUCAUGGAUAUGUGAUUGCUAGUUUAAUGUAAGGGGGGGUUUCUGACUUGUUUGGCUUCUGAAAAAAUCGAUGGAGGGAAAAUGGGGUGUUCUAAAAUGUUUGGAAAAAAGUAAAAAAGUAGAAGAGGUUUUGAUUUGAUACUCAUAGUUGUUUUUUCAGAUCACUUGGUUUUGCUUUUAAAGUUUCUCUCUCAAAUACGAAUGGUGUGGCUUUAAGUUCAUACCAACACGUAAGUUAGUUGAACAUUGCUGAGAGAGGCAGAGGCAUUUUGGAAGAUCCCUUUUCUUGAGGAGUUUCAGUCCCAUCAAAAUAAGGGACAAAAUGAUUUCAGGGAAUAUAUAUGUUUUUUUCUAAAUAAUCAUGUUCUGUUUCUCUCAAAUUCACAAGCAAUCAGACAUGACACCAGCUGGUUUGAUAAUGUUAAGGAAAGCUGCUUAUUACUGUCCUUUUGGUUUGGUCCUCGGUAGGUUGGCUUGCCGGAACAUCAGAACACAUACACAUCCUGAUGGUCCGUGAGAAAGAUAUUUGUUGGGAGUAUGCUGAGAAAUUAGAUGGUAACAAGUAAAGUGAGGGACGAUGUUUCGGAUAGAGUUAGAGCCAUACUAGCAACUAGAGAGGAGUUUAAGGAAACGUCGAGUGGGAAAAAGCAGAAGAUAGCUGAAGUCAAGACUGUCGAAAAUGCGCCAUCAAUGUCGACAUGUAAAUCUGUUGUUUCAAUGGAGGCCCCGUCUCCAAUCGCCAAAGUUUUUCCAACGGUUACUCCCAUGGCUCCCCCAUCAUUACUCAACCAUGAAAAUGCUGAGAAAAGCAUUGCUUUGUUCUUUUUUGAGAAUAAGCUAGACUUUAGUAUAGCUAGAUCUUCAUCGUAUCAGCUAAUGAUCGAUGCAAUAGGGAAAUGUGGCCCGGGAUUUACGGGUCCUUCUGCAGAAACUUUGAAGAGUACAUGGCUGGAAAGGAUCAAAACUGAAGUGAGCCUUCAGUCGAAGGAUAUUGAGAAAGAGUGGGCUACCACCGGCUGCACAAUCAUCGUAGACACGUGGACCGACAAUAAAUCAAGGGCUUUGAUAAACUUUUUGGUUUCAUCUCCAUCCCAGACCUUUUUUCACAAAUCGGUCGAUGCAUCUGCAUAUUUCAAGAACACAAAGUGCCUAGCGGAUUUAUUCGAUUCUGUGAUUCAAGAUUUUGGACAUGAAAACGUAGUACAGAUAAUUAUGGACAGUAGUUUCAACUAUACAGGCAUUGCUAAUCAUAUCCUUCAGACUUAUGGAACUAUAUUUGUGUCUCCUUGUGCUUCUCAGUGUCUGAAUUCAAUUUUGGAGGAAUUUUCAAAGGUAGAUUGGGUAAACAGAUGUAUCUUGCAAGCACAAACCAUAUCAAAGUUUCUAUAUAAUAGUUCCUCAUUGCUUGACCUGAUGCGAAGGUUCACGGGCGGUCAAGAACUCAUUCGAACUGGGAUAUCGAAACCCGUAUCAAGCUUCCUGUCUCUGCAAUCUAUUCUGAAGCAAAGGUCAAGACUGAAGCAUAUGUUCAACAGCCCUGAAUACACCACAAAUCCUUAUGCAAAUAAACCACAGAGCAUUUCUUGUAUUGCCAUUAUAGAAGAUAAUGAUUUCUGGAGGGCAGUGGAAGAAUGUGUAGCAAUUUCAGAGCCUUUCCUAAGAGUAUUAAGAGAAGUGUCUGGGGGUAAACCUGCUGUGGGAUGUAUAUAUGAGUUAAUGACUAGAGCAAAAGAAUCAAUAAGAACGUACUAUAUAAUGGAUGAAAUCAAGUGCAAGACGUUCCUCGAUAUCGUCGAUAGAAAGUGGCGAGACCAACUUCAUUCUCCUCUUCACGCAGCAGCUGCGUUUUUGAACCCGAGUAUUCAGUACAAUUCAGAAAUAAAGUUCCUUACUUCCAUUAAAGAAGACUUCUUUAAUGUUUUGGAGAAAUUACUCCCCUUGCCAGAGAUGAGACGGGAUAUUACCAAUCAAAUAUUUACUUUCACAAAGGCGAACGGGAUGUUUGGAUGCAGUUUAGCUAUGGAAGCACGAGAUACCGUUUCGCCUUGGCUUUGGUGGGAACAGUUUGGUGACUCUGCACCCGUGUUACAACGAGUAGCAAUACGGAUUCUCAGUCAAGUUUGUAGUACUUUCUCUUUCGAAAGACAUUGGAGCACGUUUCAGCAAAUUCACUCCGAAAAACGGAAUAAGAUCGACAAAGAAACUCUCAAUGACCUCGUCUACAUAAACUACAAUCUCAAGUUAGCUAGACAGAUGAAAACAAAACCCCUGGAAUCUGAUCCUAUCCAGUUCGACGACAUUGAUAUGACUUCAGAGUGGGUAGAGGAAAGCGAAAACCCGAGCCCGACGCAGUGGCUCGACCGAUUUGGUUCUUUGGAUGGAGGUGACUUGAAUACAAGACAGUUCAAUGCUGCCUUAUUUAGUGCAAGUGACCACAUAUUUAACCUGUGAGAGCGAGCGUUUGAACAUGCUUGUAACCCUCUCCAGUUCUUAGGCAUUGUAUGUAUUCUCUUGAUAAGAGGCAUCUUUUGCUGUUUUACUUCCUUUUGUUGUAUUGUAGCAUGAAAUUGUUCCCUUGCUUUGUUGUAUAUAAAAUAUAAACUAAGCUUAGGUAUUUAUGCC